AUGGCCCCCAAAUGCAGCAUAACAGAGAAAGUUGGAAGAAGGCUUGUUACACGAUCGAGCAAUGACAGUGCAAAGAGACCGAUAGAGCAUGGCAUGCAACAUACGAUGUCGCACAGUGCUUCUUUUAAAAUAGCCCAAGGGACGCGAAGCGGCGCCACCGACCAGCCCAUUGAAUCCUGUCCAUACGAGACGUGCUUCAGAGCCCAGGGACAGGAGAUCCGCUUGGGAGUUGUGGCCCUUGGGCAACUUGUCAACGGGUUUACCGACAGAUCUCGAUCUCGAUAUAACGAGCGGCAUACACAGCUCAAAGAGCCGGAUCUCGAAGAAGGAUCUUGGCUCAAGCCCCCCGACCAAUCGUCGGGCCGGGUGUUGCGCUGCUGUCUGCUAGAGGAAGGCUGA